CGACCCCUUUGUAAACACGGAAGUGGAAUCUGCAAGAGUUCACCUCUGCUGACUCAGACGGUGCAGCCUCUGAAUUGGUGUUGCCUUCAAACCCACAUUGAUUUAGCAACUUAGAGAAAUGUCUCUGUCAUUUAACGGACGAGUCGUGCUUGUCACCGGAGCUGGAGGAGGACUUGGCAGAGAAUAUGCUUUGGCUUUUGCUGCAAGAGGAGCCUCAGUAGUCGUGAAUGACCUUGGGGCGGACACAAAAGGCGGCGGGAAAAGUUCUGCAGCGGCUGAUAAGGUGGUGGAGGAGAUAAGAGCAAAAGGAGGCAAAGCUGUUGCAAACUAUGAUUCUGUUGAAGAUGGGGAGAAGCUGAUUCAGUCGGCCCUGGAUGCAUUUGGAAGAAUAGAUAUUGUUGUGAACAAUGCAGGAAUACUUCGUGAUCGAUCAUUUGUUAGGACCAGUGAUUUGGACUGGGACCUCAUUCAGAGAGUUCACUUAAGAGGAUCUUUCUUGGUUUCCCGAGCCGCCUGGAACCACAUGAAAAAUCAAAAUUUUGGCCGAAUCAUCAUGACGGCCUCAGCUGCAGGCAUCUACGGUAACUUUGGCCAGGCAAACUACAGCGCUGCCAAGCUGGGCAUGCUGGGGCUGGCUAACACCUUAGCUAUUGAGGGACGCAAGUACAACAUCCACUGCAACACCAUUGCUCCCAUCGCAGGCUCCCGCCUCACUGAGACUGUCAUGCCGCCAGAUCUUGUGGCCUCCCUGAAGCCGGAGUACGUUGCUCCUUUGGUCCUCUGGCUCUGUCAUGAACAGUGCCAAGAAAAUGGAGGUCUGUUUGAGGUUGGUGCAGGCUGGAUUGGUAAAUUGCGCUGGGAACGUUCACAGGGUCGCAUUUUGAGACAAAAAAGUAAACCCAUGACUCCCGAGGCUGUGAGGGACCAGUGGGAUGAAAUUUGUGAUUUCACAAACGCCACCAAGCCCACCACCAUUCAAGAGUCCCUGGCAUCAUUUGUGAACGUGUUGUCUCAAGUGGAGUCAGGAGGAGAAGUUGGUGCGAACCCAGCGGCAGCUUCAGCCUCGGCGGCGUCAGACGCAGGGAUUAAUCCUACUCUGGCUGUUGGACAGAAACUCCCCUCAUCCUCCUUCAGCUACACUCACACUCAGUGCAUCCUGUACGCUCUGGGAGUGGGCAUGUCCACCAAAGACCCCGACCACCUUAGGUUCCUGUAUGAAGGGCAUCCUGACUUUAGCUGCCUCCCCACCUUCGGGGUCAUUCCGUCGCAGUCCUCCAUAAUGGAUGGCGGUCUGAGCUCAGUCCCUGGACUCGACAUCGACUUCACACGAGUUUUGCACGGAGAGCAGUACCUGGAGCUUUACAGACCUCUGCCAACAUCAGGAGAGCUGAUCUCUGAAGCCACUGUGGCAGAUGUGCUGGACAAAGGCUCUGGAGCUGUCAUUCUGUUGGAUGUGAACACCUACAGCGGGAAGGAGCUGGUGUGCUACAACCAGUUCUCUUUGUUUGUGGUCGGAGCUGGAGGCUUUGGGGUGAAGCGGAACUCGGACAAAGCUAAACCUCCUCUGCCUCCUCCUAAUCGUGCACCAGAUGCUGUGGUGAUUGAUUCAACCACCAGAGACCAAGCUGCCUUGUACCGUCUGAGCGGGGAUUGGAACCCUCUUCACAUAGACCCCAGCUUUGCUGCCAUGGGAGGUUUUAAGAAGCCCAUCCUGCACGGCUUGUGCUCCUUCGGCUUCGCUGGGAGACACGUUUUAAAGCGGUUUGCAGACAACGACCCCUCCAGAUUUAAGGCGAUCAAGGUCCGCUUUGCAAAGCCGGUCUCUCCCGGUCAGUCGCUGCAGACCGAGAUGUGGAAGGAGGGCAACAGAAUCCACAUCCAGUGUAAAGUGAAGGAAACCGGGGAUGUUGUUCUGGCCGGGGCUUACGUGGAUUUACACGGCACUUCAGGCGGUUCUCCUGAAACGCUCCCUCAGGGAGGAGGUCUCCAGAGCGAGCUGGUGUUCGCAGAGAUCGGCCGCCGCAUCAAAGACUUGGGCUCUGAGUUAGUCAAGAAGGUGAACGCCGUGUUCGGCUGGGAGAUCACAAAGGAUGGGAAGAAAGCCGCGCAGUGGACCAUUGAUCUGAAGAACGGCAGCGGCUCCCUUCACAAAGGCCCGUACAAAGAAAAGGCGGACGUGACCAUCACCAUAUCGGACGAGGACUUCAUGGAAGUGGUGAAGGGGAACCUGAUGCCUCAGAAGGCUUUUUUCUCUGGGAAGCUAAAAAUGAGGGGGGACAUCAUGCUGAGUCAGAAGCUGGAGGUCAUCCUGAAGGAUUACGCCAAACUUUGAGCUCCUCGUCAAAACAGAUGUUCUCAAGAAAUAACCACACUUUUAAUUGGUGUCUGCAUUUCUGUCAGGUUAACCUGAUCCACUAAAACCAGUUUUCUAAUCAGUUUAUUAAGAACUUGUGCAAAUUAUGAAAACAUGUUUUAACCUUUAAUGUGCAGCUAGAAUGGAAAUAACAUUUGCUAUUAAAUAAAGUCAUUUAUUUAGAAUAAAAGUUGCCGUUUCUUAAA